AUGAGUGCUAAGGCAAUCACGACUUUGGCCGCUGUUGGCUGUGCUGUCUCUAUUGUGGCCGCUUUGACCACCGUUGGAUAUCUUUUCAAUGACAUCAACAACUUCCAUGACGAGACUCGCCGUGAUAUUGAAGAGUUUAGAGGAUAUGCUGAGAGUGCUUGGCGUGAAAUGGUUGUCUCAUCGACUGUGAAGGGAGCUGCUGCUUUCAUCCUUGGUAGAAACAAGCGUUCUGGUGGACAAUGCCAGUGCGGAGCUCAAGCCAGCCCAUGCCCAGCUGGACCACCCGGACCACCUGGACAACCUGGUGCUCCUGGAGAUGAUGGAGCUCCUGGAGACGCUGGACAGGCUGGAGGCAAAGGAAAGGACGCCCAGGCUGAGGCCAAGAGCUCUGAAUGCCAAGUGUGCCCUGCAGGACCAGCUGGACCACCUGGACCUGAUGGACCUGCUGGAGAUGCUGGACCUGAUGGAAACCCUGGAGAGGAUGGACAAUCUGGAGGCCCUGGACCCGCUGGAGCACCCGGACCUGCUGGAGAUGCUGGACCAGAUGGACAACCUGGAAACGAUGGACAGCCUGGACCCGCUGGAGAGCCUGGCAAGAAAUAUACCUCUCAACCUGGACAACCUGGACCCGCUGGACCACCCGGACCAGCUGGACCUGCUGGACCUAAUGGAGACGCUGGACCAGCUGGAGCUCCAGGACCCGCUGGACCUGCUGGAGGACCCGGAAAAGAUGGAGAUGCUGGAGCCGAUGGACAACCUGGAGGCCCAGGCACUGAUGGAACCCCCGGACCCGAUGCCGCUUAUUGUCCAUGCCCACCAAGAACCGGAGCCAUCACUGGAGGAGGCAGCGAACAGCCACCAGCUCCACCAGCUCCAGCUCAAACUCAGGCUCCACCAGCCGCUCAACAAUAUCGUCGCAAAGCCGCUCGUGUCGCC